AUGAGUGAUAAUAAGCAAGAUGAUAGUGAAAAAGUUCUCUUGUCUCACCACCAACAACAAAGUUUAUGUACAAACCGCCCGCCUUACAGGCAAGGCAGAAAACUUACUGCGGUUAAGGCAUAUUCUAUAACAAAAGAAUCAAAUCACCUCCUGAUAUUUGGGACUCCAUCUCUCAGCCUCCGACAAGAACUUAAAGCCCUAUUUCUAAAGUUCGGAAAGCUUGUUCAAUUCAAUGUAUCAACUACUCACGCUGCUGAUGAAUUUACAGAGACAUAUCACGCUCAAUAUGACAAAAUUCAGCCUGCAAGACUUGCCAAACGAAUGCUAGAUACCAAAAAUUUCUAUGGUGGCGUUUUACAUGUAUGUUAUGCUCCAGAAUUAGAAAGUGUCGAAGAAACAAGAUCCAAAAUAUUCCAACGUCAAAAUGAUGUUGUAUUUCGGCUUAGAAACUUACAAAAGGAUGUCACAAUUAAAAGUAAAGAUAUUGAGGCUGACAAGAUUACUAAAGAAACUACUAUAAAAGUGAAUAUGGGUGAACAGAAUGUUAUUUGCUUCAAUAAUGCUAAAAAACGGAAGAAAAAGAAUGAUGGAAGUAAGAGAUUUAAACCUCCAAAACUGGAUAAGGAUCAAUCCUUGACUCCGGAUAAUAAGAUCCAUUUUAGUAAUGAUGUUUAUGAUACUAGACCCAUUCCUAAUGAUGUUAAUGAUAAAAUAUGUACUAUAGAAGUUCCUCCAAUAUUGACCGAUAAUCAACAUUUAAAUAAUAAAAAUGGUUUUAGAAUAUCAAUGAAAGAUAACAUAGAAAUAGUAGAUUGUACAUCUGUUGAUAAAGAGACUAUAACUAAUAUUAAUGAAAGUUUAAAUUAUAAUAAAUUUGGCAAUGAAAUUGUCAAAAAAGUACCAGUAAAACCAAUUAAUAGAAUUAAGUUUAGUUUUAAUAAAUCAUAG